GUGUGUAAUUAAUUUGCAUCGCAGGUACGUCAACUGGACUGGGUGGACAAUGUUUGGCCGAAAGAACUCAUCAGACAACAACGUGAUUCAACCAAUAAUAUGGAUGACAUGAAGUAUCCUAAAGUUAGAAAGUAAGUUGUGUAAACCACAGACAGAUUCUUUGGUGGGGCGGGGGGUAGGAGAUCGGUGCACACUGGGGGGACACUCUCUGAGACAGUCACCAUGAACCGAUCCAUAGUGAAAAUUUCUACUGUUUCUGAACCAGCUCAAAAUUGAUAUGAAUGCAUGAGAGUUGAAGAGAGGUCUAUCGAGAGUCCACUCGCGUCAACUCUCAUCCGCGUUUCAGCGGAGGUUGAGAUGUUGUUGUGUGUUUCUAGGUAUGUGUUGAUGAGUGUUCGUGAAAGUUAUACAGAUUUCCAUAUUGACUUUUGUGGCUCUUCUGUUUGGUAUCACAUCGUAAGAGGAAAGAAGGUGAGCUGCUGGUAAUAUGGUAAAGCUGUACAGUAUAAAUAACUAAGUUAGUUUAGUUUGAAGCUUCCUCCUGUAGCAACACUGGAUCAAUAAGAGAUGAUCCUUACUGAACCUCUUGGGAGAACAGUUUAGAACUGACACAGCUAUCCAGUAUAAAUAAAGUUAGUUUAGUUUAGGUUUCCUUCUGUAGCAACACUGGAUCAAUAAGAGAUGAUCCUUACUGGACCUCUAGGGAGGACAGUUUAGAACUGAUAGAACUAUCCAGUAUAAAUAAAGUUAGUUUAGUUUAGGUUUCCUCCUGUAGCAACACUGGAUCAAUAAAAGAUGACCCUUACUGGACCUCUAGGGAGAAGAGUUUAGAACUGACACAGCUAUCCAGUAUAAAUAAAGUUAGUUUAGUUUAGGUUUCCUUCUGUAGUAACACUGGAUCAAUAAAAUAUGAUUCUUACUAGACCACUAAGGGAGAACAGUUUAGAACUGAUAGAGCUAUCCGGUAAAGAUAAGGUUAGUUUAGUUUAAAUCUUUGUAUUCCAGAUCUUUUGGCUUAUUCCUCCGACUGAAAAGAACCUCAAUAUCUAUGAGAACUGGGUGCUAUCUGGCAAACAACAAGAUGUAUUUCUUGGCGAUCAAGUGGAGAAAUGUUCGAUCAUUGAGAUGAGUGCUGGAAACACAUUCUUGAUGCCCUCAGGUAACGUGGAGGUUACGUUUGAGUUUGUUUUCCACUUCAAUCUUGUUUCCUGAGCACAAGAGUGGAACAAAUGACUUCGACACGAAAGAAAAUGCUACAGUAUGUAACGCUCAGCGAGCUCUAUAUAUAACUGGAGCGAGAAUUCGAGUCAAAAAAGUGAAGCCAAGAUUGUGGAAAUUGAAGAGAUAUUGGACGUCAGUGACCACCAUCUUCAGGCCUUAAAAUAUCUUUUACAGGGCCGUCUGACAAAAUGUCCGGUGACGUUGAGUUUGGGUCCGGUGACCUUCAGUUCAGUUUUGACUCGGAAAUAAGUUUGAAUGACACAAAUGAAUAAACGGUAAAUGUUGUAAAUAUAUUAAAUAAUUUGUUUCUUUCAUACUUAUUUUCAAGCCAAAAUUAACUUGCUUGCCAGAAAAGCAGUAUUAAAAAAGACUUCGACAACUUAAGUCCGUUUUCCACUUCACCAUUUCGCUCGCCGCCCCGCGCUUGACUACAUUAAAACAACAUUUCCAGUUCAACUUUUAUACAAUAGUACUCUGACUUUCCAUUUAACUUACAAGCCUCUAGUCCUGGGCUAGGGUACAUUUUGAUUUACGUCUGACAAAGCUACAGUUAGGUCGGACACCAAUACACUCUGGUCGGACAAACAAUAAACCUCAGUUUCACUUUGGUCGGACAGAAUGUUCGGUGGUUUCCUCUCUACGUCGGACAAUUUCACGAAUGGGUCGGACAAUGUCCGUGACCGACCGAUAUUUUAAGGCCUGUCAUCUUGGCUUCAUUUUUCUCAAAUGGCUAAAGUUCAUACUCGAGAUAUAUACAGCUAAUUCAAAAAAGGUUGACCUUUGCAAACCUUAAACUCUAAACCUUAAACCUUAAACUCUAAGCGUGCAAAACAUAGGAGGAUCAUUUAAUCAGUUUAGAAAUCCUAUAUGCUGGGGCCCAUUUCUUAGAGACACGGUAAAUAUCUCCUUACGAAAACAAUUCAUUCACAAAUAGCUGCAAUAUUCAACUACUAAGCCUGAAACUUGUACUCCCAUCAAGCUUUGCGCGCUUACAGUUUAAGGUUUAAGGUUUACAUUUUAAGGUUUGCAAAGGACAAUCUUUUUUGAACUAAAUGCAUGUAUAUAGAUAGAUCUCACUGGUUACGAUACGAUUGAAGUGGAAAAUAUGCUUUCUCUAACUUUUUUCGGUCUCUGAGUAAAUUUUUUAAAGAUGCUUCUAAUCUUCCUUGAUAACGAUAACUUCGUGACACGAUAACGAUAACGAAAGCAUCGUGUUUUAGGCUGGAUACAUGCCGUUUAUACUCCUGAAGAUAGCUUGGUGUUUGGAGGAAACUUUAUUCAUUGUUUUAACGUCGAGAGACAGCUGAGGAUUUGUGAUAUUGAAGAAAGCACAAGGGUAAAGCAGAAUAUCUUGUUAACCUACACUGCUUUGGUUUUGAUAAGGCCAAAAAAAAAUAUGUGGGUUUCCGGUUUCUUCUUAUAAAAACUUAGGUAGGGUAGGUCGAUUUUAACUUUUUUUUUAAACUUUUUUUAAAAUUUUCCUAACAACCGGACGCCAUUUUGUUUAGUCAGUGCUUCCACAUCCAAAGAUAAAUUUCCCUAAUAUUGCCUCAAAUUUCAAUUUUCCACAAACUUUUUCCUCUAAGUGGAAACACUUACAAGCAUGAUCCAAUAAAAAAGUUUAGGGUCGGGAUUUCGACGUCCAAAAGCUGUAGGUAGGGUCGGGAAACCGGAAACCCGCAUAUUUUUUUUUGCCUAAAUAUGAAUUAUUAUCAUUAAUAAUUCAUAAGCUGGAAUAGAAUGGAAUGGUAUACAAUAUGAUUUAAGCUGUGCUGAAUUAUGAACCAAUGUAAAUCAAUGGUCUAUAUACCUGUUGUGACUUCUGAUAGAUCACUCCAACUUUAAAUUUCUCUGCAUGACCAUGUUCAUCAAAGCGACUAAUGAGGGAUGAUGCCUAAUUAAGAAAAACAAAAAAUUGUCAUAUCGUUAUAUAGGGUGUCCCAAAAAAAAACACAAAUUAUUAAAAUAACGUAUUGUUAGAAUUUGAAUGCCUUAGCACUAAGCUGAACGCAAAGAUGCGUAAAAUACUGACAGCGUGCAUAUAUUAUAAAUAUUGACUUAUUUACAAAUUAAAAUAUUUUUGUAAAGCGCACUGCUCUUGGGAAUUUAAA